ACUGUAUUUCAUAAUGAUAAUAAUUAUUGUGAUCCUCUUGCGUGUACAACCGUACUAACACCACAAAAAGCACCUGCGGCUAUGAUUACGCAUACUGCCAUGGAUUGGAAUCCGUUUACCAAUGCGUCCUACGAUUAUGUGGACGUCAAGGAGGAAGUCAGUGUCAAUUUCAGCACGUGUGAUGACUUCCUGCGAGCUGUGCAUGACUUUAACGUCAGCGUUGAGAUGCUGCUAGCGCAGGUGGACAACGAGGAUUUAGCACGGGACGGGUGCAACCGGACGCUGCCGAAUAUGACCACCAUCACCGCACACCCGGCAAAAUACGCGGUAAUUGUCAUGUAUCCGGUGUCGUUGCUGCUGUGUACGAUGGGGAACAUUCUGAAUAUUAUUAUCUUGCGGAGGGAGAAUGUGGUGCGGCGUGGUAAACGCUGGUCAGCAGAAAUUUAUUUGAUUGCACUGGCUGUUGCCGACAUGGGCGUUCUGUGGAGUCAACUGUCUCUGCAGCUGUCGCAAAUUGACGUGUUGGCAAACCAUCCGAAAUUUUCUACUUUACUUAAUGGAAGCAUUGGUUUAUCGACAUUUUUAACGGAUACAUUUAUUAACUCUUCCGACUGGCUCCUGAUCGUCUUCAGCAUAGAACGACUGCUGGCCAUCGCUUCCCCACUGAGAUACGGGCGCAUUGUCAACCGUCAACGGACCAUCAUCAUCGUCGUUAGUGUGUUCUGCUUGGGCAUGUCUGCGUCGGCCUUCAACUUGUACGAUUAUUACUGGUUCUAUGCAAACGAAGAUCCACGAUGUCCGGCGUGGCUCACAGUGAAGUCACCAUUACACGAGGAUUGGAAUCAAGUACAGCGUUUCUUUGUGGUAGCGCAACCGUUAAUCAACUUCCUGGCGAUCCUGGUUAUCAACACGAUCGUGGCCAUGCACUUACUAAUCCAGCGACGAUUCCGCGCGUUACACGUCCGCAUCUCAUCUGUCUCCGACACCGAUGCGGCCAAAGAGAAGCCUCUCAUCCACAUGCUCCUAGUGGCGGCGGUCUUCUACGUCGUUACCCAAAUGCCGGCUUUUGUCUGGAACCUGUGGACGAUCUUAAUCAACCGUCCGUUUUGUUAUGACGAUGUAGCGGAGGAGACACGGGUGUACUUUAUGCGCUUCACAUCCAUCGCUACCAAUGUGAAUUAUUCGCUGAAUUUUCUGCUGUACUAUGGAGUGAGCCGUGCCUUCCGCCGGGGAUGCAGAGAAGUGUUUUGUCAGCGGAGGAUGUUCGGGCUUAUUCUAGAUCGUAGCGGUUCGGCCUGGCCUAAUCGAUCCGUCAAAAAUGAUGCGGGUCAACAAGUAGAGAAACGCAGUCUGGAGUCGAGCAGUUCAAACAAAAGUCUUCUUAGCCAGAGAUCCUCCAUAUAAGGCCAGGGAUGUGAUUUCUCCGACGGAAUGCACUUGUUACUGUAUAUACGUAGUUUAUGUAUUUCAUCCUAAGAUAGUUCCUUCAGUUGGUGCGGACUGUUACGCAUUCUGUAUAUAUUCCAAUGAAAAGCUUGUGAUUGCGCUGCAGUUGUGCGAACACUUCAACACUGACGGAUCCCACGAACACGAAUGCCGACGGAUCACACAACUCGCUGAAGGUGUUCAGCUGCUAACCUUAUAACUGAUUGAAUGUUUCUGCGUAACUGCUUUCAUCA